GCAGUGUCCUGUAAAACCGGCAAUUAAUUUUAACCUACAAACCUUUUUUUAAGAUCCCCAAAAUUAUUCACAAAAAAUAAUCACUGAAUGUGAUUAAAGUACUUUGUUUUUAAAGAAUUAAUUAUGUCUUUAGAACCAACAGCAUGUGAAGGUAAACAGUAUGAGACAAAGAAAACUAUGGUCAUAACCUAUAAAUUAGAUGUUAUUGUAGAUUUAAAGGCCUUCGAAAGAAGAUUAACCGAAGUAAUCGCCUGCCUACAGCCUUCAACCACUCGAUGGAGAAUUGUUUUAAUUAUCGUCUCAGUUUGCGUAGCCGCGGGAGCAGGUCAGUGGUUAACGGAUCCAUAUACAAGAAUAAUACCUUUAUCUCAGUCCCUUUCAAAUCAUCCCUUCUUUAUAAUUGCGACGUUGUUGCUAGUAAUUAUAUUUCUACUUGGUGUACAUAAGAGGGUCAUAGCUGCAUCAAUUAUUACAACACGCACUAGGGAGGUGUUAUGUGAUUUUAAUAUGUCUUGUGACGAUACUGGUAAAUUAAUAUUAAAACCUCGCCCUACGAAUGUAACUUAGCAAAUGAAUAGUACAAAUGAUUAAAGUUAAUUAUAGUAA